AUGGGCGGCGCCCGGGACGUGGGCUGGGUGGCGGCGGGCCUGGUCCUCGCGGCCGGCGCCUGCUACUGCUUCUACAAGCUGACGCGGGGCCGGAGACGAGGCGGCCGCAGGCUUCGGCUGCGCCCCUCGCGGUCCGCAGAAGACUUAACCAGUGGAUCAUAUGAUGACACCCUAAAUGCUGAACAAGUUCAGAAACUCCUUUACCUGCUUGAAUCAACUGAGGAUCCUGUCAUUAUCGAACGAGCUUUGGUCACUCUGGGUAACAAUGCAGCCUUUUCAGCCAACCAAAUCGUUAUUCGUGAAUUGGGUGGUAUUCCAAUCGUUGGAAGCAAAAUCAACAAUCCAAAUCAGAGUAUUAAAGAGAAAGCUUUAAAUGCAAUGAAUAACCUGAGUGUGAAUGUUGAAAAUCAAAUCAAGAUAAAGGUAUACAUCAGUCAAGUCUGUGAGGAUGUCAUCUCUGGCCCCCUGAACUCUGCUGUGCAGCUGGCUGGACUGAGGUUGUUAACAAACAUGACAGUGACCAAUGACCACCAGGACAUGCUUAGCAGUUACAUUACAGACCUGUUCCACGUGUUGGUCACAGGAAAUGGAAGUACCAAGGUUCAAGUUUUGAAGCUUCUUUUGAAUUUGUCUGAAAAUCCAGCCAUGACAGAUCGACUUCUUGAUGCCCAAGUGGACUCAUCAUUCCUUUCACUUCUUGAUGGCCAUGUACCAAAGGAGAUUCUUCUUCGAGUUCUCACACUGCUUCAGAAUAUAACAAACUGCCUCAACGAAGAGCGCAGUUUAGCUACGCAGCCAACUUUCCCUGCAGGUUCACUGUUUUCCCUGUUGUAUGGAAAAGAAUGUGCCCAGAAAAUGAAAGCUUUAGUUCAUCACCAUGAUGCAGACGUGAAGGAGAAGGUAACAAUGAUACCAAAAUUCUAAUUGGUUGGUCAUAUUUUUCCAGAGUAAUGCGGUCCAGAAGUAAUACACAGAAAUUUCUCAUUUUUCACCUUCCUCACAAAAAGAUUCUUUCAACUGCUGAAUUUAAACAGUAAAUAUCAUGUACUGUAAAUACAUUUCAUCUUCAACACAGCUACAACUUGCCACGGUCUUCUGGUUUGCUUUGGACCAUUUUAGUGAUACCAAAUGAAUAUAAGAGCUUAUUCUGAAACUGUUUUUAUUUUGCUUUUUGGUAAGCUACUUCAGCUAUUCCCUCUACACGGAGCGACAAUGACGUUUUGUAUGUAAGCUACCCUUCCCUUGUCGAAAGAGAUUUGCAGUUACUCCACCGGGACAGCAACACUGUUUCCUAACUGCCCUAGGAAGGACCUUGUUCUUCUAGUAGUGAUGAGAUCCUGUACUCCCAAGGCCACAUGCCACUCAGGUCUGUUCUAAUCAUUAGAAUCUAUUUUUCGUCCAUGAAAACUUUUAACUAUUAGGAAAAAUGUUUCCUAAUACCCAUUCCUCUUUACUGUGUAUAACAUACUGGUAUCAAUCAAAAUUCAUCCAAAGGCAGUUGGUUAAAUCAGUUAUCUAGUCUUUAAAGAGACGUCUUAGUGUGCUGAUACGUAAGGACAUCCAUGAAAUACAGUUGUUUUGCAAAAUACAUGUUGUAGAAAAAUAGCUAUAA